AUGUGGAAAUACUACCGCUGUGUAAUGUAUAAAAAGGACAAAGACAUUUGUUUGACUUCACGUUGUUUUUUGCAGAUCAUAUUCUAUGAGGACCAGAACUUCCAGGGUCGCUCAUAUGAGACCAGCAAUGACUGCCCUGAGCUCACCUCCCACCUGAGCAGGUGCAACUCCUGCAGGGUGGAGAGUGGCCUCUUCAUGGUCUACGAGAAGCCCAACUUCAUGGGCCAUCAGAUGCUGGCAAGGAGGGGCGAAUACCCAGACAACCAGCGCCUGAUGGGAAUGAAUACGAGCGACUGCAUCAGGUCCAGUCGCAUGAUCCCCAUGCACAGGGGACCCUUCCGAAUGAGGAUCUAUGAGAGGGAGAACUUCGGUGGCCAGAUGCACGAGCUGAUGGACGACUGUGACAAUGUGAUGGAUCGUUUCCGCAUGUCUGACUGCCAGUCCUGCAACGUGAUGGAGGGCCACUGGCUGAUGUUCGAGCAGCCCAACUACAGAGGCCGGAUGCUGUACCUCAGGCCAGGAGAAUACAGGAACCUCAGAGAGAUGGGGAUUAGCAACAUGCCAAAGUUCAGCUCCAUCAGGCGCAUCAUGGACUCCUGUUAAGUCAAA